AUGCAAAAGAAGAUGAGGAGAUCAUGCUUUUCAAGAUGUGGAUUUGCAAGAAUAAUGGGUUGGCUUCAGACUGUACUGGGAAUCCUUGUUAUAGUUGUAAGUAUAUCGAGUCUCUUCAGGUUUUACUCUGCUGGAUUUUUUGCGCACAAUGAAGACAUAUGCCGCCAUUUUUAUGGCAUCAAGGAUGUUUAUGAAGGCUUCGAUAUAAGAACCCUAAACGAUCGGGUUGCAGAAGUAAUAACAAUGAUGGAAAACCUGCAAGAAAAGCUAGAAAUGACUCUACAACAGAUGGAGAAGAACAAAGAAGUUUUGGAAAAGACUAAUAUCACAAGAUUGGAGUAUAGGAAGUAUUUGGAGGUGGAAGUUCUUAAACCUCUUUAUAGUGCUCAUAUUGCUCUUAGACAGGUCCGGCUGCCCAAGAUUGAUGCCAUUGGAAACGGUACAAUGAAAGAGGAGCCUUUGAUUAAUGCAUUUAUAACAGAAGAAAUUCGGAAGUAUGUAACCCCCAAAGAGAACAGAAUUGGGAAGGUUAAUUUUUAUGGAACUGAGAAGAUAUACAAUACCAUAGGGCAUGCGUGUGUCUUGAUGAAGAAUGAACUGCAAGAGUACAUGGACUAUGAUAUAGGAUCGUACUGUAAAGACGAUUGGAAUCUAGCUCAGAAGCUUAUGGUUCAUGGUUGCGAUCCCCUGCCUCGAAGGCGGUGCUUGACAAGGGCUUCCAAGGUGUAUCAGAAGCCAUAUCCUAUCAAUGAGUCUCUGUGGAAGUUGCCUGACGAUAGAAACUUGAGGUGGGGUAAUUACCAGUGUAGGAAUUUUGGAUGCUUAUCAAGCAGGAAUUCCAAGCGAGGUUAUACAAAGUGUACAGGAUGUUUUGAGAUGGAAAAGGAGAAGCUUAAGUGGGUAACUAACAGCUCACUUCCUGUUGAUUUCUUGAUUGCAGAUGUCCUGGCAAUGAAGCCAGGCCAGAUAAGGAUUGGUCUAGACUAUGGUGUUGGCACUGGGACUUUUGCUGCAAGGAUGAGAGAACUGAAUGUAACAAUUGUCUCAACUGCUUUGAAUCUCGGGGCUCCUUUCAAUGAGUUUAUUGCACUUAGAGGAUUAAUUCCUUUGUAUGCAACACUGAAUCAACGUCUUCCAUUCUUUGAUAACACAUUGGACUUGAUUCAUACAACCGGGUUCUUGGAUGGCUGGAUUGACCUCUUGUUGAUGGAUUUCAUCCUUUUUGAUUGGGACAGGAUUCUAAGGCCAGGAGGAUUGUUGUGGAUUGACAGGUUCUUCUGUAACAAAAGCGACCUGGAUGACUACAUGUAUAUGUUUCUGCAGUUCAGGUACAAGAAAUACAAGUGGGUUCUUGCUCCAAAAUCAAAAGAUGAAAUCUACCUUUCUGCAGUGUUAGAGAAACCUCCUCGAGCUAUUUGA